CGGAGCCGGCUCCGCCUGCGCCUUCACUACAGCCGGGGACUCUGCCGGCCUGCCAUGGAGGCGCUGGGGGCUGUGGGCGGCUUCUUGCUGGGCCUCCUGCUGUUGGCCUGCGGCCUCUACUGCUGCUAUGUGAAAUACAUCCACGUCAAGUAUGACCACAUCCCCGGCGCCCCGCGGGAGAGCUUUUUAUUUGGACAUAUGCCAAUCUUGUGGAGAAUGGUGAAGAAACAGGAGUUUAUCCAUGAUCUCUUUCUGCAGUGGGCAGAGAAAUAUGGACCUAUUGUACGGCUUAAUGCCUUUCACAGAGUCUCAGUAAUGAUUCUGAGUCCUGAAGGAGUGAAGGAGUUCUUGAUGUCACCACAGUACCCAAAGGAUCGGCUGGUGUACGGUCGUAUCUUCAACAUAUUUGGUGAGAGGUUUAUAGGGAAUGGUUUGGUAACUGUUUGCAACCAUGAGCACUGGCACAAGCAGCGGAAGAUAAUGGAUCCAGCUUUCAGCCGAACCUACCUGAUUGGUCUGAUGGAAACUUUUAAUGAAAAAGCAGAGGAGCUGAUGGAGAAGCUAGAGGAAAAGGCAGAUGGAAAAACAGAGUUUAGCAUGCUGACGAUGAUGAACCGGGUGACCAUGGAUAUCAUUGCAAAGGUAGCCUUCGGCUUGGAAUUGCAUGCACUGAGCAAUGACCAGACACCUUUCCCACGUGCUGUGACUCUGGCUUUGGAGGGAAUGACUAAGGCACGCAUCCCCUUCAUACGGUACAUGCCAGGGAAACAGAAGCUGGUAAAGGAGGUCAAGGAGAGCUUGAGGCUUCUGCGGCGUGUUGGGAAGGAGUGCAUUGACCAGAGGAGAGAGGCCAUGCGGAAUGGGAAGGAAGCCACACUGGAUAUUCUUACACAGAUACUGAAAGGAGAUGCUCUGGAGGAAACUAGAGAUGAUGACAACAUUGUGGAUAACUUCAUCACUUUCUUUGUUGCAGGUCAUGAAACCACUGCUAAUCAGUUGUCAUUUACUGUAAUGGCACUGGCUCAGCAUCCUGAAAUACUGGAAAGGGUUCAGGCUGAAGUAGAUGAAGUUCUUGGUGCCAAAAGAGACAUUGACUAUGAGGAUCUUGGCAAGCUCACCUACUUAUCACAGGUUUUGAAAGAAUCACUGCGGCUGUACCCGCCCGUCCCAGGGACCAUUCGCUGGCUGAAGAAGGAGCAGGUCGUCAACGGCAUCCGAAUUCCCGGAAAGACAGCUCUUGUUUUCAGCACUUACAUAAUGGGAAGAAUGGAAAAGUUUUUCAAGGAUCCCCUCAGUUUCAAUCCAGAUCGAUUUAGCAAAGAUGCACCUAAGCCAUAUUACUGCUAUUUCCCAUUCUCCCUGGGCCCCCGAUCCUGCAUCGGGCAGGUGUUUGCACAGAUGGAGGCAAAAGUGGUGAUGGCAAAACUAUUGCAGAGGUUUGAAUUCCAGCUGGUACCAGGGCAGAGCUUCAAGCUCUUGGAUGCUGGAACCAUUAGGCCACUAGAUGGCGUAAUGUGCACAUUAAAGCCAAGGAGCCCUGCAAGAGGCUGCCAGGCGUGACUGUUUAGGAGAGGAGCAUGACAAGGUAGUGGUGGUGUUUCUCUGUUAAGAGCUUCACACUAAUCAAAGGUUAGAUUUUGAAGGGCUCUUUAGAGAAUUACCAGACUGAUUUUUUUUCCUAGCCUUCCUUACCAAAGAAAGCCUUGAGAAGUCACUGUAGACCUAGUUGAGCAUCUUUGAUCUGCAAGCGUACCUGGAAUUGCAAAACCUGUUAUUUUCCUGGGGGACAACUUGGGUCUGACCAGACUUGGAGAAGAAUAUCCUUUCACUGGAGUAUUCCUGGAGCUUCACAUAAACUUACUCUCAAAUCCCACCUGAUAGUUUGCACUAACUCCAUACAUGGUCUAAAUAAGCCCUCGUUUGGGGAGUUUCAUAGCAGAGCUGUGAAACCAUGGCUAGACUUGGGAAAAAAGUUCAGAGCUAUUCUCUUGGUCAAAGCAAUUUUCCCAUUCUUUCUCUAAAUGAGAAGAAUGAUCCAAAACAACAAUCUGAAACAAAAGAGGCUGUGGCCACUACUUUCCCCUAUUGCUUCUCUCUUGCUUUUCCUUCGGUAUCUCCUACUUUCAAUACUUUUCAGUGUAUAUUCCCAAUCCAUGCUGUAGAAGAGACUCUUCUGCUUCCUCCUAUCCUUCCCCACAGCCUGUGUUCAUUCUCACGCUGUUCCUUUCAACCCAGUUCAUUUUCUCCAUCUGACUCAUCAUAGUGCAACAUGAAUGCUUGAACUAGAUGACCUGGUAGGUUGGCAGGGUUGGAAGUAAAUGUCUGGAAGUCUGGAACUAAAAGCUGCUUUUUAAUAUUGCUACUGAAGAAACACCUGCAACUUGAGCUGGAGUCAAGAGAAGGUCCUUCACCCACUUUUUCUGUAGCUGUGUUAAAACUUUCUUGCUGCAUGCAGCCUGGCUCCACUAAUGAAAAAAAUGAUUGUGUGAAAGUGCCACCUCCUAGAAAUAAGUGGGUAUGUAACAUCCACAGUUUGGGGCCCGAAAUACAGGAAUUUCAAGACAUUUGGAGCUUCACACCAGAAGAGUAAUAUCCCAGAACUUUCUGUGAUUUUGCUGCAGUUGUGCUCCAUCUCAGUGCAAUGGUGGAAUAACAGACCAAUCAGGUGGAUGUGGCUUUUGAUAACAUAAGCAAUAUUAUAUGGUAUAUUAAUAUGACUUAUACCUGGAGGUAACAAUACUGGUAUUGCUGGGGAAAAUUUACUCCAUCUGUUGGUAGCUCUGCAAUCUCUUAUGGUGGAGAUCUGAUUAUAUCUUCCUAGACAUUAAUAAAGUCUGAUUGGGAAAACUGA